AUGGAGGAGGUGGAUGGCACUUCCAGCGAUGGCGCGUCACCGUGUCUCCCACUGGAACAAGUGACAGCCACGUUGCGUGGUUUCACGUCGUACAUCCUCCAGCACUCAAGCGUCGUUAAAUCACCCAACCACAUUCACAAAGAGCUUCACAGUGAGCUUGCUCGUUGUAUGCUUGCACACAUAGAUCACGAAGAGGACAGCCUCCGUUUCGCAGCCCAACGAGCAAAGCAACCCCUUAGCAGAGAGGGAAAGCCGAAGAUUGUCCCUUACAAGCCCAUCGAAGGGACGUACUACUCCUGGGUACAAACCACAUCUGCCAACGAUACACAGUCCCCUGUCAUCUUUCUACUCUUUUCAUGCCUCGCGGCAGACGAUGGUCAGCCGUUCUUCGUCGGCGCGCGUCAGCAUUAUCUAGCCAACGCCCUCAGCAGACAUCCUGCCAGCUUGUGUCGACUGUACAAUGACUACGGCUCGACUGCGCGAGAUCUGAAGGAAGGGAACCUCAACAGCCUUAACUUCCCCGAAUUCCAUGAGACCGGUCAUGCGAGGAAGGAUGCAAGCAAUGAGAAUGAAGUGCAGUAUGGUAUCGAUGAUGAGAAGGCCAUGAAGGCCGAUCUCUUCUUUAUCGCAGAAUACGAACAUAUAUCCAACUGGGUACGAUAG